UAAGACUUCAGCUCACUCGUCCUGCUACUCAACUUCCAGAGGUUACGACGGUUUGAAUUCCACGCUCCUUCGGCAGACGACCUCACCAAUCGAGACUGGCAUUUAUUGCCAAACAUUUUACUUUACCUAUUCACCAUGUUGUCUCGACAGGUUCUAUCCCUGGCCUCACGGUCGACGCGAGCUGCGAUGAUUCGAUCACAAGCCCGACCCAUCGCACCAUUCUCGACCGCAUUGAGCAGAAGAGCUGGGGCAGAACUCGACGAUCCUGAAAUGAACGGCAAUUACAUCAAUCCUCCUCGAAUCAAGAGACAACAUCGAGAUCCUUAUGGCGACUGGGACGAUCCACAAGAACGACGAAAUUUCGGAGAGCCAGUCCAUGAAGAUAAUGAGAUCUUGGGUAUAUUUGCGCUGGAAGAUUACACACACAUGACCCCGGCUCGAGGUGCUUUGCUGUGGGCUGGUUUCCUUGGGUGCAUUGGGGCUCUCUCUGCUUUUGUGUACGCCACAUUCCCAGGCAAACCAGCUGUGCCCGUCGAGUAUGAAGACGGUUUGGAGAAAGAGCUUGGUGGUCCAGCAGCUAAUCUGGCACGGAAGCCAGGUACCAAAGUGGAAUUAUAGAGUUGUUUGUCAACAGACUUUUGUUAUGUACAUAUGGGACAGUGAAAAGGUCACUUCACGAAGAGCGAGAAAAUACAUCUUUCAGAGACUGAUCUAUGGUGUUGAAGCCAUUGGUCUUGUGCUUUUCCUUACACCUUUGUCGGUGUGAGAUAGGGGCGGUGGUUAAAAAUGAACUGGAAGCACAACCCACUCUCACCUUUUGUUGCUGGAGCAAUGCUUGCGUCGGUUUCUCUACCAAGGCCCCUCUGGCUACAAAAUAGAGACGGACGAUUUGGGAAGGUUGCCAAUGCUUCGAGUGUACAUCUCCACCCCGAUCUUCUCCGGCAUCAUUUGCAUGAUUGGGGCGAGAUAUCAGGAGAGUCUCGUAGUGUAGUCGUGCCCCUUGUGACAGAUAGAUAUAUCAGUCAAUCAAGACUUCAGAAUCAGUUAUAGUCAUAGAGCGCGCAAACCAGCCU